AUGAAAUAUGUUCGCCGUAUGAGUGGAAAUAUUCCUAUUCAUUAUACAACGAAUGUCUGGUCGAUCGAUGUUACUUUAUGUAUAUUAUUAUCAGGUCUUUCACCAUUUCUUGAUGAACAAACAUAUGAAAAUAUCAUAAAUAUUGAUUUUGGUUUUCAUGAAAGUCAAUUUUCUUAUGCAUGUCAAUCAGUAAAAAAACUAAUUCAAACAAUUUUUGUUCGCGAACCAAAGUAG